AGGAGCGCGCGGACUGAUGCGUCUCUGGGGCAGGAGCGCAUGACUUUCGCUCCGAGACCUGCUCGGCAGCAGCAGCCACAGCAACUGGACCACAGCUGGAUAUGUCGCUGCUGAAACAGCGGGGGAGAGAGCUCGAGCGCUUCGAUGGACUGUCGCUCAUUUACUGGACUCUAAUGGGUCCAUAUGGGGUUGACAGAGCUGUUCAUUCCAUGGAGUUUACAGACUGUGAAAAUGGCCUGGGAAACCUGUUGCCAGGGGACCAGAUCCUGGAAGUAAAUGGGGACAGUCUAGUUGGAGUCACCAGUGAAAGAGCUGUGGAUAUCUUGAGAGCAGCCUCUGCCACAAAUCACAUGCGCCUUCUUAUAGCCAGAGACGAAGAAGCAAAGAGAGAAUUUGCUGAGCUUCUAGAGAAAUAUGGCUCCAAUGGCAGCACAGGAUCAACUCGCAACUCCCCCAUUCAGCAAGGAGGUCGCCUCUUGGAAAGCACCUCAUCUGGUUCGUCGUCCCGCUCUCAAAGUCCACUGCUACUCAGCCCUGCAGGCUCCCAGAAUAUGUACAAUGGUGGGGCCAUGAUGCGCUCCCUAAGUCACCCUGGUGAAGGAGUGAUUCAACUCAUCUCUGUUGCACGAUCCAGUAGUCUGGGCAUCACCAUUGGGGGAGGCUCCAACAGGCCAGACGGUCCUGCUGUGUUCAUCCAGGAGGUGCUCUCUGGAGGAGACUGUCACAGGGAUGGUCGUCUGAGGCCAGGAGAUCAGCUCAUCGCCAUCAACAAGGAGUCUUUGAUUGGUGUGACUUAUGAAGAGGCGAAAGGCAUGCUGAGCAAAGUUAAGCACAGUCAAGAUAACACGGUGGACAUCGCCUUCAUCCCAGGAAAAGGGCUUUUUCCAAGCAGCACAUCGCUCCACAACGGAGUACAGCGAGCCGCAGCCAACAGCUACAACUCUGGACGCCUAAAAGUUCACAUCCGAUCACCUGAGAUCUGUGCAGAGGAGCCAGCUCCAGUGUCUUCACCCUCUCCAGACAUCUGUCCUCCAGAUAUUCAUAUUUCAGGUUCUACCAGCCAAAGGUCUCCAACAGGGACAAAACCAAGGAUAACACUUGACCCACACAUACGCCUGAAGUCUGAUAAGUUAGACUUGGCAUUGACAUUUCUUGGACUGGAUGUUAGUGAGGAGAAGAGGAAGAUGCUGAGGCAUAGCCUGACUCCUGAUCCACAAGGCACUGUGGCGUAUGGAGACUUUGUGGAAGCUUCCCGGAAUAUCUUCCAGGAGGACCUAGAGGAGUUGGGAUUAGGAUCAGAUCCCUUCACCUUCUCCUAUCAUGAAGCAGCCAGUUUGAUGGACACAUCAGCAUUUCAUUCUCCUACUUAUGAGUCAGAGUGCAGCUACAGCAGUGAGGAGAUGGAGCAGUUUCAGACUGAGGUGAAGCAACUGCAGACUCAGAUGAAGCAGCUUAAGGUAAUCCUAAAAGACAUGGAACAAAGCAAAAAAGGUCUAGAGGAGGAGCUGCAGAAGACCUCAGAGAAAGCCUGUUUGACUGUGGAGGAGAACACCCGUCUGAAGAGUCGUCUGCAGGCAGCUGAGGCUGGGGCGGUGCAGCGACAGGCCACCACCGCUGAGCAGGACUAUGAGGAAGUUAUCCAACUGCUGGAGGCUGAGAUCAGAGACCUGAAGAACCAGCUAGCCUCCAAGAGGCAAGCCUCUGGAGGAGAGGUUAAAUGUUACGAAGAUGCAGAAACAGCGGAACUGACGUUUGAAUACACAUGCUUCCUGCGCCACUGUUUCGCCGUUACACUCACUGCCAAAUUCCAGGAAGCCUGCAAUGAUGCAGACUCACUAUUUGAGAGCUGGACGGUCCAUUGGAGCAACAGGUUAUCUCCAAUCACAGAUGGAUCUGACACCCCGUCAGCCCUUCCUGAUCCUGCCUUCCAGCUGGCUGUAGAGGCCAAGGAGCUGGUGGAGGGGGUGUGCUCUGUCACUGCAGAUAAAGCAUCUGAUGCCGCUUCGGAUGUCAAUUUGCAUCACGUAUGAGCUUCAGAGGGACAGAAGGAGAUCCUGCUCCAUCACCAAAGAGGCCCACUGAGACCAAACCAACGGCGCUCUUCACCAGUCAACAUGUCCACAGGAUAUGGCGCCACUUUAGCAACCAGUACUGCUUCAGCCAGUGCAGACCACCCAGUAAACAGAGACCGAUGGCUUCUCUGAGCAGACCCCCGCUUGCAUAUGAAUUAGAGACUGCGGCUGAAGUUUUCCCCAGCACCUGAGCAGCAAACAAUACUGUUCCUAAUGCAGCAGCUGAUGUUAAAGGCACUGCAUGACCGAGUGCAUGACACACAUGUGCUGCUGCAUAAUUUGGUAAUACUUCUCUGAUGUGUUUUGUAAAGAUAACAGGAAGAUUGACUUCCUGAGCUGCAUGUGAAGGAGAGCUUCUUCUGUUCCUGCUUGGGUGGGACAAUCCAGAGCUAAACAGUCCUCUGUCUCAUCAUCUUCAUCAUCAUUUCUCUGCCAUAUGCUUCAUCCCUCUCCCUGGUUUGUUUGCUCUGCAACAAACAUAAGAACUGUUGAGAAAAGUGUAGAGCCUUCAUGUUACCUCUUCUUGUGCCCAUUUUCAUUAAGAAAAGGUUGGAGGUUUCUGAGAGUCGGGACCUGAGUGAUCAGCGUCAUCUGCAGCUUCGUAUCUCUGCUGUGGUUCAUCUUCAUGUGCCGCCAUAGCUCCAGCCGUGUGCUCUUGUGUUACAUAUCGUCAGUGAACAGAAAACAGUUAUAGACUACAUGUGAAAUGUUUUAUUUCUGCCAACAGCUACAAACCCAUUU